GUUUGUCCCGCCCUGCUUCCUCCGCUGCUAGCUGCUAGCUUGGCGGUGUGACCGAAGGUUUGCGCUGACAGGCUGCUGUCACACAGCUACCAUGUUAUCCCAUUCCCGGUGUCUCACCAGGAAUUUCGGCCGCUCCCUCUCCGCCCUCCGCCAGGGGAAUAAUGGGUUAGCUCGCCGUGCCACGGCAGCUUUAUCAGCUAGCCAUUCUGUCACUUUUAACAACCAAGUUAAAUAUGAUCCCCGGUCCAGUGUCUUCCAAAUUCAGUACUUCAGGACAUCUGUAGCCUACAGAGAUGAAGUCGUCACAGUCAAGACUCCUGCGUUCGCAGAGUCUGUCACAGAGGGGGACGUGAGGUGGGAGAAAGCUGUUGGUGACACUGUCUCUGAGGAUGAGGUGGUGUGUGAAAUUGAGACUGAUAAGACCUCGGUGCAGGUUCCUUCUCCUGCUUCUGGAGUGAUUGAGGAGCUUUUGGUCCCAGAUGGAGGAAAGGUUGAAGGAGGAACUCCACUCUUCAAACUCAGAAAAGGAGCCGGCGCUGCCAAAGCUGCAGAGGCUCCUAAAGUGGAGGCUGCCGCCGCUCCACCUCCCUCUGCCGCCGCCCCUCCUCCCCCACCUCCUCCGGCCCCCUCAGCUGUGGGGCCCAUUCCCACCAGCAUGCCCCCCGUGCCACCUGUGCCAGCACAUGCUAUGGACACCAAACCAGUUUCAGCCAUCAAGCCCACUGCAGCGCCGGCUGCAGCAGCAGCAGCAGCGCAGGUGGAGGGCGGGGCCAAAGCAGCGAGGACAGAGAGCAGGGUUAAGAUGAACCGCAUGAGACUGAGAAUUGCACAGAGACUGAAGGAAGCUCAGAACACCUGCGCCAUGCUGACGACGUUUAACGAGGUCGACAUGAGCAACGUCACCGAGAUGAGGAAAACGUACAAAGAUGCCUUCCUGAAAAAGCACAACAUCAAGCUGGGCUUCAUGUCUGCGUUCGUGAAGGCUGCGGCGUACGCUCUGUCUGACCAACCUGCUGUCAACGCCGUAAUUGACGACACAACCAAAGAGAUUGUGUACAGGGACUACGUUGACAUCAGUGUGGCCGUGGCCACUCCGAAGGGUCUGGUGGUUCCCGUCAUCCGGAACGUGGAGGGAAUGAACUUUGCCGACAUCGAGAAGGCCAUCAACUUGUUGGGAGAGAAGGCCCGGAAGAACGAGCUGGCCGUGGAGGACAUGGACGGAGGGACCUUCACCAUCAGCAACGGCGGUGUGUUCGGCUCCAUGUUCGGCACGCCCAUCAUCAACCCGCCGCAGUCGGCCAUUCUGGGCAUGCACGGCAUCUUCGACAGGCCGGUGGCCAUCGGUGGAAAGGUGGAGAUCCGUCCCAUGAUGUACGUCGCCCUGACGUACGACCACCGCCUGAUCGACGGGAGAGAGGCCGUCACCUUCCUGCGCAAGAUCAAGUCCGUGGUGGAAGACCCCCGGGUGCUGCUCAUCGACAUGUGAACCCCCGUCCGCUCCAGGCCCAGACAAACAAACCACCCCACACAAACAGUGGCUGUUCUCACCCGAUGAACAUUACCGUAACUGCAGUCUAUAUAUUGUCGUGUUGGUCAAGUAGGAAAAAGAAAAAAAGAGAAAAGGCUUUCUGCCUGAACAGUUGGGCCGUGCAAUGGACGUUGGUGAGGCUGGCGGUGGUCCGAAGGCUCUGGGGGGUCUGGGGUUUGUGGUGCUGGUCUCUAGAUCAAAAGAAAAGGGGGAAUUCUAUAACCUGUGCGCCAUAUGUCAUUUUCUACAUACAAAUGAAAAGUUUUCCGCACAUUGUGAGACGAAUGGCAAUUAGCGACGAAACUCCGGGCAGACGAUUUCAUGAUUUUAUCUGAGAGAAGAACAACGAAGCACACAUCGGGCUACAAACUUUAGAAACACUAUGCUAGACUCCAAAUUCUCCACGCUCUGAAGAGACCCCAGUUGUAUGCCAUCGGUUUCUCAAAAUAUGAGGAAAAUUCUCUUUUUGAUGUGUAAGAAAGGCUAUUUAAAGACAAAAUGUUUUAAGAAAUAAACGCUGCAUACUCGA